AUACAUAACUAGUUACAAACUUGAAACGGUUUUCAUUUUUGAAGUAUAUUUUCUUAUAGCAGUACCUUCUAUAUCGUAUUUCAAAAUAAUAAUUUUUAGUGACAAAAAAUCAUAGCAAUAACUGAUUUAUUUAUUUUGUUCAACACUAUUUGAAUCACAGUCAUCAAUAAAUAAUAUAAUAUUCCUAUUACAUUAUAAAAUCGUCAUAGUUAAUAUAAUCGAAAAGUCUCAAAAUAGUUUUAACAUCCAAAACUAACUGUUAAUUAUUCUGAAUCCAAGUUUAAUUUCUAAAAAAUUAACAUGUAUUUAAAAACAACCAUACUGUUUUUCUGCAUGACGUUAUACUUUUUACUAUGUCAGGGUGUAAAACCAGUUCCUGAAGACCGAGAAAGAGAUCCAGAUCCUGUUGACAGAUUGGUGAUUUAUCGCGUAAUCACUUCCAAUUUGGAACCAGGAGGCUAUGUGGCAUUUAAAAAUUUAAGAAAAAUAGUAAACGAUUGUGCAAAGGAACUUGGAUCACGCAUACGGUUACCCGGACAGGGGGUAUCUACGCUAGAUUUUAUUUCAUCGGCGGACUACCUUGAAGGCCUAGCCCUAUGGUAUGUAGGUGCAUCAGAUAUCGAAAAAUCGGUAAACAAAAACUAUAAUACUAUUUCGCAGAUAAAAGACUCGUUAAGUUACUUGUACCGUAUAUUUGACAAGACAGAUGUUAGAUACUACGCCCUAGCGUUUCUAGCUUCAGUAGAUCCAAAAAUAUCGAAAAUGGUACAUAAUCUGGUCUUAAUAAACACAAAUCCUAAUGGCAAUAAAUAUCCAGAGUAUGAAAAUUUAAUGAAGGCAGUAAUGCUGGAAACGGAGAUAAAAAUAAAAUACCUAACUCCUGAUGAAUACCGACAAGAUACUCUCAGCCAAUAUAGGGGCGGCAAAUUAACUGUAGACCAAGUUGAAGAAUUAGUUAUUCAUGAUUUGUAUCAUCAAACGACAUUCAUUAAUUAAUAACUGUUAUUAAAUUGGGGGUUGUAAGUAGUAUAUCACAUGCAAUGUAUUG